UAGAAAUAUACACGGCGAUUUCCAGUUCAACUUCAACUACCUAUGAUAACAUUUCCGAGGGCUAUUAUGACAGACAGAUUGGUCAAUUCAUUACACCAAACUCGGGCCGACACGGGGAACUUCCUAGAAUUAGAGAUGAUAAUCCUGAUCAUGUAGAUCAGAGAAACUCCAGUAACCAAGAACAUACUAAAGACUCCAAACGUCAAUGUUUUAUUGUGAUCCUGUCAGUUUUUGCCGUCGUUAUAUCAACUACUGUUGCAACUAUUGCUGUCCUGUACCUUCAAGGAAAAGAUAAUGUUCGGUUAUCACCCAACAAUUCUUUCCCGGAGUAUUCAUCUUCCACAUCUUCCUCGUACAAUGAUCAUACCAAACCCUUGCCAGAGUAUCCAUCAACCACAUCUUCCCCAUACAUGUAUCAUAAUACUACCAAACCUUCCGCAGAUCAUCUACCCGGAAGCUGGGGAACACGUUUUAUUGUGUUGUUCAUGCAAAACAUACGGAAUACGAAGAAAUCCAUUUACGUCACAUCAGUCAACGGAAUACGGAUAAACGUUACAACGUCGGAACGUCUCAAUAGUUCUCUCAAAAGUGAAAUUGACCAAACCACCAGUAUAUACUCUUUUGAACAAUUCUUGAUUCCAAAUUCAAUGGAGUUAGAAGGCUUUAAGAUAGAAACGAAAUGUAUAUUAAUUGAAACUUCUCAAAAUUCUAUGGUUUUAAGUCAGGCUGAUGUCUAUUCAUCGGUUGGGAUGACAACUCAUAUCCCGAUACAUAAACUUUCAACUACAUAUGUUAUUGUCUCGACAAAUCCGGUAAAAUACUUCAGUCAAUUUGCAGUUGCUUCAAUUAAUGAAAACACAAUGAUAUCGAUAACCUUCCAAAUGAAUGAUACAUUACAAAUUGACGGGAAAAUAUAUCGGAGUGGGGAAACUUUUAGCAUCAAACUCAACUGUUAUGAAACAUACCAGAUUCAACAUACUGUGGACUUGACAGGAACGUUCGUUCAGUCAUCUUUACCUAUUGCCGUCUUCUCUGGAAAUGAUUGCAACAAAUUAAAUGGGCAAGGGUUUUGUGAUCACCUAAUUGAACAAUUGCCACCGACAUCCCGAAUUGAUGCAGUAUAUGUCGUUCCACCCCAUCUGUACAGCAAUACCAAAAUACGAGUCAUAGCCAUCGAUAAAUCAACAAUAUUCUACAACUGCACAAAUAAGACUCUCUACAAGUCGUAUAAGCGUAUGGAAUACUUUGAUAUUGAUAUUUCAAGCAACGGAGUGUGUUAUAUUCAAUCGAACGGACCUAUUUUGGUAGCAAGUUUCGGUUUAUCUUCUUCAAUAAGAUACAUCAGUGAUCCUUCAAUGGUUAUUGUUCCAGGAUUUCAUCAGUACCAAAAUUACUACAAAAUAAUAGUUCCUUUUGGAUAUGAUUACAGUUAUAUUACAGUUAUUAUGGAACAAAGCGACAUUGCUGAUUGUUUUAUCAAUUAUGUUCAGGGUUCAAGAGGGUCCGGAUACGCACAGUUUUCACCUAUCAGCAGUUCAAUCAAUUCAAAACAGAGCAUAGCAAUAUACACGGUGAUUUCCAAUUCAACUUCAACUACAUAUGAUAAAAUUUCAGAGGGCUUUUAUGACAGACAGACUGGUAAAUUCAUAACACCAAAAUCGGGCCGACAGGGGAAACUUCCUAGAAUUAGAUAUGAUAAACCAGAUCAUGUAGAACAGAAAAACUCCAACAGUAACCAAGAACAUACUAAAGACUCCAAACGUCCAUGUAUAAUUGUGAUCCUGUCAGUGAUUGCCGUUGUUAUAUCAACUACUGUUGCAACUAUUGCGGUCCUGUACCUUCAAGGACAAGAUUCUCCCAACGAUAACGGAAAUAUGUUGCGCCUUAACCGAAGCUAUCUAAGAAGAAUUAAUGGAACCGAAAUCUUCAGUGACUGCAAAGAUCUAAAGCUGUUUGGAAACGAUAGUGAUGGGCUUUACACUGUAUACCCCGACCCACUUACAGAGACGCCAGUCGUCGUGUACUGUGAUAUGACAACGGACGGUGGAGGAUGGACGGUGUUCCAACACAGACGAGACGGGUCUGUUAAUUUCUAUCGUCAAUGGGACAGUUACAAGAAUGGCUUUGGAGUGGCAUCAGGAGAGCAUUGGAUUGGUAACGACAAUCUUCACAAGCUUACUACUUUAGGAACCACUGACUUGUAUGUUCGUCUAGAAGCAUUCAGUGGACUCUGGUAUUACGCCAAAUACGGCGACUUUAAAGUGGCUGAUGAAUCCGAUGGCUACAGACUGAGUCUUAAAGCCGGGUCGUAUGAAGGAAAUGCUGGCGACGGCAUGGACAAUCAUGGAAGUACAGAUCCAAGUGGCAUGCAAUUCAGCACCAUAGACAUUGAUAACGAUAACGCCCCCGCGCGGUGUACUUUUGCUCGCCAGGGGGCGUGGUGGUAUAACGUUUGUACGCUGACAAAUCUGAAUGGGAUUUAUGGGAACGGAACCUGUUUGACAACUGAAACAUGUAACUUUUGGUAUCUGAUAAGUUCAAGCUAUGUCGGUGUGAAAACUUCCUAUAUUAUGGUUCGGCGUUUAGAAAAUCAAUUUUAUUGUGCAUCGUGUAAGUCAAGUAAAUGAUCUGAUGUUUGUACUGUAUCUUCAUUAUUAUUCCGAUGGUUUAGGAAUAGUUUUGAUUUAUUGUUUUAUGUAGUUUUUUAAAUUACAAACUUUUUUGGUUUUUUUAUAUUAUAACAAAAAUGUGUAUUAUAUUCAUUGUAUUGUUAUCUAUACAUUCAUAUAUAAAUUAAUGUUAUAUGAUCAAUUAAGUAUUUCUAUUAAUAUUUCAUUGUGUCUUACAUCAGACAUGCAAUUCUAGUUAAAAUGCCUCGUAUCAUGUUCAGUCAUUUGUUGUUUACCUGUCAAAAACCUAUUAUAGACGUGAUUCACCAAAUCAUUUACAUGUUUUGAAUUAUCGUUCGUGUUUUGACACUACCCCCGUACAUUGUUUACAUUUUUGCGAAAUCAAUUUAUUUGCUUUGACACGUUAUUAGAUCGAGUAAAUGCAUGAUCAUUGUUUAAAACAUGUUUAUAUUUACAAAAUUAAUCACCCUGUUCAGUUUCAUGCCAUUUUAAUGCUCUUUCCGCGAGAUAAUCGUCAUUUUACCGCUCAAAAAUUUCUAUGUACGGAAUAUGCUUCACGAACCGCUUCACUCUUCAACAUGCAACGUAUUCUGACACUUAUUUUUGUGUUAGCAACAUUUCUUAAUUUUGUGUUAUAUCAUGUAUUAUUGUAUUUAGAUGCUGACCACUAUUUUCCCGUAGUUUUACCUCAGUGUGGUCAGUGAUUGCUUUAAUCGGUCACCUUGAUUGAUGAACUGUGUCUUCAUAGCGAGCUUCCAUAUUCAAGUGUAUCGCUACGCGCACUACUUCAGAAGGUGCUUAAUUUCAAUUUUUUUAAAGUGUAAAAUAUUGCAAGGAUGUGUAUUAAGGCUAUAUGCGUAUUUUGACAUAGAAAUAUGUGUCCGUGUUAUUAAAUUAAUCCUGACAAGGCUUUGUAUAGGAAUAACAUGUUUUUUUAUUAUUUAAAAUUUAAAAAUAAAAUAUUUUAAAUAUGCUUGUUCUGAAAUAUAGGAUACUUGUCCGGAAUGUCCAUGAUCCGUACAGAUUUCUGAUUGGUUGUUUGUGUCCAGACAGAAAAGGACAAGUAUUCGUUGUUUGGAGAAGUUUAUACAUAUAUACUAGUUCCAGCAGCAGUAUCACUUGAACACUCGUUCACAUCCCGUUCGGUUAAGCACUCAUAAAUUCAAAUAGGUUAUUCAUUUUGAUAACGAGUUGUCCGGAUGUCCGGAUAAGGCUGACUGGAUUAUUUACAAUUUACUGGAAUUUAUGAGGACUUAAUUAGCAUACCUAGUACAAAUGGGGAGGGAGUUUGAUUUUACCAGAUAGAAUUAAACUUUUUGUUUUGACUAAAGCUUUCCGAUCGGCGCAAGUUUAUGCAUUUAAUAUUUAUUAAUUCAGUACAAUUCCUAUACGCUGUUUUUAGUUGAUACUGAGCUUGUGAACGACAAAUCCGUUAGAUACUUGUAACAUUUUAUUUUAUUUUUGAAACGUUUAUAGCCCCGGGUUUCAGGUUGUAUUGUUUGAAAUGGUCAGUAUCUUUGUCUGUGUUGUGAUAUUUAUAUAUUAAGCCAUCCUGAAUAAAUAGAUGUG